UAAUGGACAAAGGAUCCCAUCUGAUGAUUCCGUGGUCCUCAUGGACAGCACUUGGAAAGUACCAGCUCUGCAAUUACCCAAUUCAUCUGUGGCACAUUUCGCUUGCUUCAAUAACGAUCACAAGCACACUCACCUACCAAAAAAGUUGUAGCAAAUUCUGACUAAUAUUCUAGUAAGUUAAAUAAUUAGUUCGAGAUCUAAGGGCAAUUUUGCAGUUAAUAACAUGUAAAGAUUGUCUUCUUGUGCUGCGGGAUUCUUCUGAUUGUUCUACAACUAUAUAUUCCUAUAAAUAUGGCUCUGUUUACUCGGUCAUCAUUUUAUCACAGCAAGAUGAGCUACAACAAUUCAGCAUUUUAUUCUGCAUGAGAACUAAAGGGCAUGAUGCACAAGCUGUACAGUUUAACGAGUUUGUCGAUUUUCCCUUCCUCUCGUGACUCAACAGUUUCACUGAAUUCAAUCAGCCAAGUAGUUAACCCUUUUUCUUUAUAAAUAGGGCUCCUGAUUCUUUUUUAAUCAUGUCUUCUCCGGCUUUAUUUUCUUCACCACUCUUGUAACACUCAUGGCUUUAGGGCGCCUCUGCUUUGUCCUACUCUUCUCCUAUUUAGGAGCUGAUGCAAAAUUAUUUACUUUCAGAAAUGAUUGUGAGGUCACACUAUGGCCAGGGAUCUUAGCAAAUGCAGGAAAACCCCAGCUAGCCAACGGUGGUUUCCGCCUACCUCCACAUUCUGCUGCAACCAUCUUUGCACCUACUGGAUGGGCCGGCCGCUUCUGGGCACGUAGCCAAUGCACCUUUGACGAAACCGGCAACGGAAAGUGCGCCACCGGUGACUGCGGCGGAGCCUUACGAUGUAACGGCGCGGGUGGUGUACCGCCAGCAACGCUUGCUGAGUUCAGCCUUGAUAACCCCAAGGAUUUCUAUGACAUUAGCCUUGUGGAUGGAUUCAACAUCCCGAUCUCUAUAGUCCCUUCUCUGACAAAUUGUUCCGGGGCAGAAUGUACUGCAGACUUGAACAGGCAAUGUCGACCAGAACUGCAAGUUACAUCAGAUGGGAAGGUGGUUGCAUGCAAAAGUGCAUGCCUUGCUUUUGGUAAACCUGAAUUCUGUUGUGCAGGAAGCUACAGUAACCCAAAUACGUGCAAGCCUUCAGUGUAUUCUAAAGAGUUCAAAGCUGCCUGCCCAACAGCUUAUUCCUAUGCUUUUGAUGAUCCAACCAGUACUUUUACCUGCCAAGGAGCUGAUUACUCUAUAAUUUUCUGCUGAUUACAAGGGGAAAGGUGAUGGAAAUUACUGCAGCAACGCUAUCACCCUUCUGAAAAGAAACACAUAUAUCAUAACAGGAAAGGAAAUCAUGGUCACAGGUGACUCGAGAAGAUUGAUAAAUUUUAUUUACCUUUUCAUCCAUUAAGUGGGUUUAUUUGAUGCAUGUCGCCCAUAAUUAUUAUAGAGGAUCAGUAAGUUUCGCACAAAAUUUUACCUUAAUCAUUGCAAGGACAACAUAACGAUAUUUCUUAUACUGAUCAUUUGACGUUUGGUAGGAGUAUUACUUGUUCUGAACUUGCUCUGAAUCAAAUUGAUUACCAGGAUAAUUUGUAUGUCCAAAUUUUUAUCGACAAGACGGUCUGCUUACUUCGUACAAAUAAGCACCAUCAUAGAGUAUUGAUGGAGAUUAUGUUUUCCCAGAAAAAAAGAUAGAGCCUGCAGUCUUUAGAAAGCACCAUAUUUGUGAAAUGCAUUAAACUAGCAUACUUAUGCCCGACAACAGAGUUUUCAAAUAAGCCCGGAACAUACAGGAAAAAUUAAUGCACAGACUCUGGUAGAAAGCUGCUCAUACAAUCGCCCACCACGAACAGCAUUGUCAACAUAGGUCACAAGGACGUAUUUAUUAUACAGCAAGCAGAGAUGAAUGCAUUUGUACUUGAUUUAAGCUUCAGUUCACUCAAAAUAACAAGUGUUGCGCUCUAAAUUUGAGGUGAGGACUCUUCUCGGCUUCACUUUUUUGCAAGACCCGAAAGCAUCAAGGUUUAUUUAGAAUAUCCGAGCAACACCAACACUAUUAGAUGACAACGAGUUCUGGAAAAUGAGGGGAAAACUGACCUCUCAUAUAGUGGGAUCUGUAAUUCACUCAGCAGCAUCUCCUUGGAAGAAUUACCUGUUGAGAUUUUUCAAAAAGACGUGCGCUUAAUCCUAGCAUGCACUACAGAGAGAUGUAUAUGGUGUGUGUUUGUAUGUGUCUAGACAGUUAGACGGAAUCCUUGCUUCAUAGUGUAAAGAGAUAUAUUUCCCAUGAAAGGGUUCUCUCAUGAAGAUCCACAACAGCUGUACUUUGUUCCCCCUGGUACAGGCUCCUGGCUAGGGACAACUAUCUUGGUUCCCGUGAGAAGAGCUGAUUUUCCUUCUGA